AUGCCAGUGCUGAUCGGAGGGGGGAUGGACGAAGUGGCCGAAGACCAGAUGUUAUUUUGCACGAAACAAAAAGAACAAGAUGAUGAAAUAAAGCUUUGGAGAGAGGUCAACGAUGGGAUGUAUUAUGUACGUAAGAGGUGUAAGCCCGACAAAGAUGAAUUUGGUAUUGUGGGGGUUCAGGUUGCUGGACAAACAAUGCGGUUAAAUGUCUUAAUAAGAGAUAAGGCAGAUAUUCACAGAUACUAUCAUCUUCUUGAAGCCAAG